ACGCCCAAGAGAACAUCUGAACAAAUAUCAAAUACUAUAUUAUUAGAAACACCAAACAAAACAGAAUCAUUAUUCUAAUGAAUAGUCAAUAGCACUAAUAAACUAGACAAGAAAACAAAAUUUGUGUUUAUCAGCAGAUCCACAAAAGUAUUCAUAGCCGGCCUUCCCGUUGACAAACCUCAUUCACAAAUCGACUAGACUCGGAGAUGGAGCAUCAUCGUCCAGUUCUGAAACUUGUUAUCGGCUCUCUGCUGCUGCUGACGCUGCUGAUUGCCCAGGUCGAGGGAGCUUCUUAUAAUAAUGCCGCACCUAUGGCCCCUCGCCCGCCCUUGCGACCUGUUCGCGAGGUAGAGACUCUGACACAAUGGAAACAAUUGGAAUACGGUUUUCCCACUGCCCAGGAUCGGGCUAAUGCAGAGGCAGCUGGCAAUUUAGUGCCCGAAAAUGGAACACCCAUCGAUGUGCAGGCUCACUACACGAGCAAUGGCAAAGUGCGAGUGUUUACCACGAUUCCAAGAUUUGUCACUGGAAUUCCAUAUACGCUGGCCACAGUCUCCCAAGAGAUGGGACGAAAUGGUCCACUAUUGAAGGCAUAUCCUAGUUAUGCUUGGCACAAUGGAAACGGAGAGAAUUGCGAUCAAAUAACAUCUGCCUUUCGAGUGGCUAUCACCGAAUGCAAUCAAAUGUGGGUCAUUGAUUCAGGUCUAAUCAGUGGUGAGCAACAUUGUCCACCUCAACUCUUGCUCUUCGAUCUGAACACAGACAGAUUGCUGCAUCGCUAUCGUUUCCCCAAUGAGACUUAUAUUCCACGCGGCUCCCUUUUUAUCACGCCCAGUGUUUUGGUCCAGGAUCCUCCGCCUCGUGGUAAUUGUGCUAAAACUAUGAUCUACAUUGCCGAUGUUAGUUAUCACGGUCUGGUCAUAUACGAUCAUCAGGCUCAGCAGUCGUGGCGUGCAGAGCAUCGCUUCAUGUAUCCCGAUCCGGACUACGGCCAACACACAAUUGCAGGAGAAAGUUUUAUCCUUAUGGACGGCAUGUUUGCCAUCAAUCACGACAGACGCAAUCUAUACUUCCAUCCCCUGGCCAGUGUAAGUGAAUAUUCGGUGCCCUUGAGUGUGCUCAAUAAUCACCAAAACUGGGCAAAUGGCGUCGAGGCUCAAGCGGAUCAGUUUACUCUGCUUGGUAGGCGGAAGAGCGAGUGUGCUGCAUCCGCUUUGGACAGCAGAAACAACUUGUAUUGCGUCACCUUCAAUCCCAUCAAGCUCUUCGCUUGGAAUGUCAACACCCCCUACUCCACCCGUAAUUUUGGCAACUUGCCAGCCAAUGCCAAUGAUUUGCAGUUUGUCAGCGGCAUGAAAGUUGUACGCAAUCUUGCUGGUCAAGAUGAACUCUGGCUGCUCUCCAACCGCUUUCAGAAAAUCGCAGCGGGAACUCUUAAUGCCAAUGAGGUUAAUUUCCGCAUACUGAGACGCUCCUUGUCUGAUGUUCAAAGCGGCGUGUUCUUUGCCAACGAUGAUGAUCUGACCAAUCGUCUGGUAUUUGCUUGAAUUAUCUUGCAAUUCCAUUCAAUUAGUUACAUAAAACAAAGUUAAAUAAGAUAAAUCUCAUUUACAAUAAUUAAUAUUGAUCAGAAUCGAAGUGUAUUUGAAAAUGUUCAGUUACGCAUGGAACAUCUAAUUGAAAUACAUUUUUCUUCAAAGUCUAA